UUUAAAGGAAAAAAAUAAGGCGUUUUCUGAGACCCUGCCGAUUUUAUGAACAUUUUUCUCCAUUGUGAUGAAAUGAUUUAAAAUGGCUUCCCUGGGCAGUGAGCGACAGUUGCGAUUCCGUUGGAACGACCACAUGCAGCAUGUUUCAAAGGUUUUGACACUGCAAAGGUUAGAGGAGCAGUUCUGUGACGUGACUCUUGUAUCCGAUGAUGGUUUCGUAAUGAAGGCACACCAGGCAAUCUUGGCCUCCACAUCUGCCUAUUUCCAGCGAGUGUUGUCGGAGGUUGCUUCUGAUCAGUAUCCUAUGAUUGUACUGCGAGGGGCUAAGUUCCGUGAGAUGAGCUGUCUCUUAGAUUACAUGUAUCAAGGAAAUACACAGGUAGAUCAGAGUUUGAUGGAAUCUGUCCUUGAGGUUGCUGAUAUGCUUGAAGUGAAGGGGCUCUCACGUAUACGUUCAAAUACUUCCCUGAAGAAAUUCAUGGGACAUACAUCCACAACUGCCUCAAAUACACCUGUCACAGAGGAACCAAGGUCAGACUGUAGGUCUCCAGAGGAUCAGUUCUAUCAAAGCAACCAACAGGAAAGCAGGACCAUUGAAGCAGAGGGAGCAUGGAGGGGGUUGCAGGGCAGUGCAGUGAAUGAUACUGGCCCUUCCAAAGAGAAUAUUCACACACCAGCAGAAGGGAUCUCUUCCUCUCACACACCAGCUCAUGCUCCUUGCCGCCAAGUCAAUCCCCAGGAAGACCAGGAUGAAACACAGACUUCAGGCAUUGACCUUUCCUUAGCUAAGAAUGAACCUGGUCACCCAGGGAAGGUAUUGCUCACCCAGGACCAAAGGAAGAUAUUGAAGAUGAAGGCUUAGGCCCAGCAAAGAAAAAAAGAAAGCAUGAGAGCUUGUGUUCAGAAGUUACUUUAGAUCAAGUCUCAGAUCCAGAUUGGGGAAGAAUAGCCACCAAGGUGAGGAU